AUGUUAACCAAGGCGUUUUUCCGGCCGAAAUAUAUGGCAUUACAGGCCGCACGAUUCACGAGACAGUUGGCGACCACCUCCAACCAAGCACCAACGAAUUCACUUGAUUUGUUACAAGAGAUAUCCCAAUUGGCGGAGGACAAUAAAUCUCCAGUCCCAGGAACACCCACGAAAGCUACCCAGUCAGGUGCAGCAUCGCCUCAGACGAGUGGAACGGAACCUGCCAAGCAUUGGCCUGAACGGUUGAAUGAUAUCUCCCAAGGCUCCCGUCUCCCUAGAAGCGUUCAAGCACUCUACCUACGACCACUAAGAAGGAAAGCUCAGCAUGGCUUACCAGUUUGUGACCUCCAACUUCGAUCGUACAGCGUUCGUAACGUCGAGUUCUUCGCCGACUUUGCGAUCCGCGCCGCAUAUUACCUCAACCUCCCUGUCUCCGGACCCGUCCCCCUUCCCCGGAUAGUUGAGCGCUGGACAGUCCCUCGAAGCAAUUUCGUGCACAAGAAGAGUCAAGAAAACUUUGAGCGAAUUACACUACGACGACUUAUACAGAUUAAGGAUGGUCAUCCCGAGACCGUGCAGCUGUGGUUGGCAUUUUUGCGACGACAUGCUUUCUAUGGUGUUGGUAUGAAAGCGAAUGUUUUUGACUUUGAUGAUCUGGAUGUCGGCGGUUCACUUGAUGCCACAGCAGACGACGUGGAUAAGGCCUUGGAACCAUACUUUGCUCAGUUCGGCCAGCGACACGAUGCGAAACAGCAGAAGUCAAUGGUGGAACAGAUUAAUAGUGAAAGAUUCUCAAACCCAAGAAGCCCCAUGAAUGAAGUUCGAAAGGGUUGA